AUGGCAGUCAAUGUCAAUCAAGUAGGCUACGAGCGUCGACUUGCCGUAGUAAAGGACAUACUCAAAAGCCGUGGCCUCCAAGUGUCCAAGAUCUCGGACGUGGCAUACGAUGAAGCUUACACAUAUGCCUUCAACAAUUUCUUCUUCAAGGUGGAGCUAGCUACUCCAGCCUCAUCCUCCAUCUUCACAGGCAAGCAACACGGGACAACUGCAGCUCCCUCUGACGGUGUAUCCGUCCUGGUGCUUAAACUCAGCAAUCCCACAGCAGGGGGUGUAAACAACACCAACCGUGUAGAGAAUGACGUCGCGGUGCAGCAUCUGGUCCGUCAGUCCAUGGCGGAAGCCGGAGUCGAGGCUCUCGUCCCGGUUGUCUACGCCUGGACACCAACGACAGAUGCUAAGGCAGAAGAGGGCUUUGGAUGGAUUAUGUCGGAGCUGAAGCACGGUGUGGACUUGAACACGGUGUUCCCAUCUCUCCCGCUCGAGGACAAAGUCCCUAUUCUGGAGCAGUUCGCUACUGUCUUGAAGACAAUACAAACAGCAAGGAUACCAGACAGUGCUAAAAUGUAUGGUGGGCUCACGUUUGACUCGAGUGGCAUGAUUGUCAGUGGCCAAUCGUCCGUCUACAAGAGCGACCCCGUGGCUACAUAUGCUGAAUUCAGGCUCAGCAAGCUGCGUAAGCAACUUGAACUGGCCGCCCAAAGCCCUGUUAUCCAGGGCUGGAAGAGCAAUGGCAUAGCCGGGAGGAUUGAAAAGUUUAUUGCUAGUGGUGGACCUGAGAAACUCCUUGCUGGUGCCGACUUGGGCAGGAUGAGUAUAAUCCACGGUGACCUCACAACGCACAACAUGCUAUUCGAUACAGGUACCAAGAGAAUCACUGCAGUGCUAGACUUUGACUUUUCUUUCAUCUCCCACACCCUCGACGAAUUUAUCAGUGGCUCUAGUCUCGGCGACCUCGGCGGCAUGGUUGACUUCAACAACAAACCCCUCAAGGAUGCUAUCCUCAGUGGAAACUUUUCCACAUUCCCAGAAAACUUGGACAAAGAGUCUACCCAGAGGUGGCAGGGGGCCAAGGCGUGGAACGCGGCAAUGAAAACCGUCGGCGUAGUCUCCCCGAGUGAUAUGCGGGGCGUGCAAAAGAUAUGCGACCUUAUAGAGCUGCAGAUUCUCAUAUGUCCCUUCGACCUAGGCAAUCAGCUCAUGAUUGACCAAAUGGAUGAUGGGAAAAAGGCCGCACGGCGAGAAAAGACGGAGGCGGAUCUUGUGCAGUGGUUGGAUGAGCAUGGGUUCUAG